CCUUCGGGGUCUUUAACUCAUUAAAAAUUGACAACGUUGAUGAUUUUAUGUCAGUUUUUGUCAGAAUUUUCGUUUAUUCAUCAAAAGAUAGAUACCAAGAUAGUCAAAAUGGGGAUUUUCUUCUACACAACGCUUUUUGGAAUAUUUUUGACCGAGUGUAAUGCCGGUUUCGGUGGACCAUUUAUAACUUUAAUGAGACCAAAGAAUCCAAAAUCAAGAGUUGAACCAAUACCACCAAGUUCGGAUUAUGAUGGAAAUCCAAUUUCAAUCGCAUGUGUAAUCGAUAAAGAUCAAAAAGAGUUCGAUGUGGUUGAAGUAACUCAAGAAUGGCCAUCGUCUUUACUGAAACGGUUGGAUAAUGGAAAUGGUUUAUCUGUACUUUUCCAUGGGGCUGCAUAUAAAACCACUAAAAAAUCCGGACUCAUGUUUUGGUUCGCUAGAGAAUGGAUGACAACAUCUGGCAAUAACAUUUGUAUUAUAUCAUACGCGUACACGUCAGAACCUUCGGAGUCUAUUUCAGAAGUUGGUUUUUUAAAUAAAAUGGUAUCACAGAAGCGAAUUGAGUAUGCUGCUCAAAUGGGUUGUGACUUGAUAAAGGGCGUUCAAGAUAUAUGUUGGAAUGAUGACGAAGGUGGUAGAUGCCUCAACAUACAUGAGGUUGAUGUUAUCGGUUUAAGUUUUGGUAGCCGAGUCGCUGCUAAAACAUGUGAAUACAUAACGAAAAAGACGAAUGGCGAAAAACUCAAAAUGUUAUUGGCUUUGGAUCCAUCAAAAGACCCUUCUUUCUCUGCCAAAUCUGAUUUCAAAAGGCUGGCCCAUUAUGUUCAAGUCAUUCACACAUCAAGUUUCCCUUCGCAACAAAUUGGAGACAUUGAUAUCCAUGUUAAAUCUAAAUCUGGCAUUAGCUUGGAAAGUGGAUUAGAUUUUUUCAUGUUCGUUGCAACGGCCACCAAACGACUCUAUGCAUUGGCCGCGGAAAGCGGUGAUGGAACAAUGAUAUUAAAAGGACAACCAUUUCCAGAAGCAAAACCAAAGGAAUGUGUUGUUGGAGUGUAUAGCAAUCCGAAUCCAAAUCAAUAUGGAAAAAAGUUUGUAAUUUCUAUAGCAAAGCGCGUAGAACUAUUUAGAGAAUCACUUGGAAUGUAUCAAGAAGAAACAAUUUUCUUUGAAUAAGCUUUUAUUUGGUAAAGAGCCAACAUGAAAGUUGAUUUAAAUAGUAUUAUUUUAAAUAUUAAAAAAUAUUGCUUUAGAAUAUUGUUAUUCAUUUUUAAUAUUAGGUUAAAGUCAUAAACGGUUGAAUAAAGAAAUGCAAGCUAAUAUCUAGCUUGACAAUUUAAAUGGAAA